CCCAUUGCAGCCUUGACUAUGAAGUUCCGCAAGCUUUCGGCAGCUUUUCUCGUUUCGCUGCUCCAGGCACCUCAAUUGGUAGCCGCGGCUCUCAAUGCGACCGAGACCGAUACACAGUUGGUGAUUUCAAACGACCGACUAUAUGCGGCUGUUCAGAAGAAGGGCGGCGCCAUUGUAAAGCUCACUCUUGACGGAACGAACCUUCUCGGUAGCCCAUCUGGAUCUACAGGCAUUGGGCCUUACCUUGAUUGUUACUGCACGCCUAAAGGAUUCUGGACGCCAGGUUCUGUGGCCCCCAAGUACAAACUCUUUAAGGGUAAAGAUGGCAAGGGCAAGGACUAUGGCGGUAUCGUCAUGUCCGACACGUACACCGAGACAGGUCAGGUUCUGGAGCAAUACUGGUUCUUGAGAGAUGGAGAAACUGGCCUCCAUACCUUCAGCCGAGUCGCCUAUCACAACGAGGAGCAGCCCUUCCUUCGCAACCUUCAGGAGCUUCGAACCCUCUUCCGACCGAACAACGACAUGUGGACUCAUCUCUUGACCAACACGAAGCAAUAUGCGCCUCUCCCAGGCAAGGAAGCAAAGGAGAAGCAGGUUGUGGUGCAAGAUGCCACAUGGUAUCUAGGAAACACACCUAAUGAUCCCUAUGUCAAGCAGGAAGCGGACUACUUUACCAAGUAUACGUUCCAAGACAGCUGGCGUGAUAUUGAUGCUUAUGGAUUGUUCGCUGAUGGUUCCAAGACCGAAGACGGAGAUGCGUACGGUGCUUGGCUUGUCAUGAACACCAAAGACACUUACUUUGGUGGCCCUCUACAUUCAGAUUUGGUUGUUGAUGGUAUUCUUUACAACUAUAUUAGCUCUAAUCAUCAUGGAGAUCAAACGCCCAAUAUCACCAACGGAUUUGACCGGACAUUUGGACCUCAAUACUUCCACUUCAACCGCUUCCCUGGAGAGACCGACAUCUUGAAAGCUCAGGCCGAUGCAGCUCAAUACGCCGACCCUGAGUGGAACGCCGAUUUCUACGAUUCAAUUGCAAAGCACGUUCCUAACUAUGUACCAACGAAAUCACGAGGGUCCUUCGAGGUCAAGGUCGAUCUUCCCAAGGGGGCUAAGAAUGCCAUUGCUGUUCUCGCACAGAGCGGCGUGGACUUCCAAGACAAUGUCUUCGACACAAAGGCUUACCAAUACUGGGCUAAUCUUGAUGAGAGCGGUCGUGCUACUAUUCCUCGAGUCAAGUCUGGAACAUAUCGUCUGACCGUCUAUGCCGAUAACAUCUUUGGGCAAUACACUCAGGAUAAGGUCAAGAUCAAGGCUGGCAAGGCCGAGAAGAAGAAUGUCCGCUGGAGGGAAGAGUCCGCAGGCAAGGAACUCUGGCGAAUUGGUACUCCUGACAAGACCUCUGGUGAAUACCGCCAUGGUUUCGAGCCCGAUACAUCCAAGCCUCUACAGCCAGAACAGUACCGUAUCUACUGGGCCAACUGGGACUUUGUCAAGGACUUCCCUGAGGGUGUCAACUUCAAGGUUGGUGAGAGCGAUGUCGGCAAGGAUCUCAACUACGUCCACUGGAGUGUUUUUGGAGGAAAAGGCAACUCCGUACGUCCAGAGCAGUACGUUGGCGACGGCAAUGUCAACAACUGGACGAUUGCCUUCGAUCUGAAGGAGUCGCAGGUCAAGCACAAGAAGCGUGCAACUUUUACCGUUCAACUUGCGGGUGCCAAGACUGCUGCUGGAAACACAGAUAUCUACAAUGCUUCUGAGCCUCACUCGAAUCUGAAGUAUACCGUGAAUAUCAACGGCAAAGAUCUUGAGCCUUGGGUUAUUCCUUACGACCACAGCAGCUCCUGUGCUGUUCGCUCCUCAGUGAGCUGCUACAACAUCGCUCAUAAAUUUGAGUUCGAGGCCAAGCUGUUGAAGAAGGGUGACAAUGAGAUCAUCCUGAGCUUGCCUUAUAAUGCUACCAACUACGAGUCCGCUGUGCUGCCAACAUCGGUGUAUGUUCAGUAUGAUGCACUGAGGUUGGAAGUCGAGUAG